AUGUGGAUUAAUCAAGCAGCAUCAUGGGCGUUCGGACUUGCCUUGGUAACGUCGGUAAUCUCAUCACCUAUCCAAGUCCGAACUACAGGCCCAUGGAUGGCCAUUGACUCCGACUUCCCCGACCCGGGCUUCGUUCAAGCCGACGACGGCACAUGGUAUGCUUUUGGCACCAAUGGCAAUAACAGGACCGUCCAGGUCGCCAAGUCUUCAGAUUUCAAGACAUGGACCCUCCUUGACAAAGAAGCCCUGCCCACCCUCGCAGGAUGGGAGACCGCAAUCGAUCACUGGGCACCAGACGUGAUCCGACGAAAUGACGGCAAAUACGUCCUCUACUACUCAGGCGAAGCCAAAGAGAUGCUCCGACAUCACUGCGUCGGCACAGCCGUAUCAGAAAGCACCGAUCCAACGGGGCCUUACAUCCCCAACGCCACGCCGCUGUCCUGCCGUCUGGACCAAGGCGGCUCCAUCGAUGCAUCAGGAUUCCUCGACAAAGACGGCAGCCGGUACGUAGUCUUCAAAGUCGACGGCAACAGCAUCGGCAACGGCGGCGAUUGCAACAACGGCAUCGCACCCCUAAAACCCACCCCGAUCCUCCUCCAACAAGUAGCCACCGACGGCUUCACCCCCGUCGGCGACGCCGUCCAGAUCCUCGACCGCGACGACAGCGACGGACCCCUCGUCGAAGCCCCAAACCUCAUCCUGCACGGAGACACUUACUUCCUCUUCUACUCAACCCAUUGCUACACGGACCCGCUGUACGAUGUCCGUUGGGCGACCGCCAAAUCCAUCACCGGCCCAUAUACCAAGACAGGCGCCCAGCUCGUCAAAUCCGGAGACUAUAACCUCGUUUCACCCGGCGGAGGCACAGUCUGCGGCUGCGGCGAUAGAAUGCUCUUCCACGGCUUCUGUGGCAAUAAUAGACGGUGCACGUAUGCUGCGGAUUUAAGUAUCGUGGACACGCAGGUCUCGUUCGUUUAA